CACAAGUUCCCAAAGAAAGAGAUAAAACUCUAACUUCCUAGCCAAGACACUAGUCUAGAAACAGCCUGCCUAAUCCUGCAGUGUUUAUUCUAUUUAUAGCAUUCUCAACAGAAUGGUAGUUAUUAGCUUUCAACAAUAAAACUAAUAACUAACUAACCUAGUCUAUUUUCUAGGCUUUCGUACAUAGACUUGCCCAUAGAAUUUGUCCCCUUCACUUAGACUAGUUGGGUCCCUAACACCAAACCCUUUAUCCCCGGCUUUAGUUGUCUCGCUCUGGGUUAUUGCUUCGCGCUUUCCGGCCUUUCAGUCAGACUAGAUGAAGGAGUCCGACCGAUGAUAGCCCUACACGAACAAAUAUUUGAAAAAGAAUCACUUCCAUCUCAUCUUUAUGAAUAAAUAGCAAUUUGGCUUUAAUCACUGUGUCAUCUGCGAUUAAAAUCUCUCAAUUCAGAUUUCUUUCGCUCAACUUGUCACUUCUCCUUCACCGACUUCUCUUGUUCAGACAUCUCACCUCACUUCUCCCUCCGAACCAGUUUGGCCAUAGUUACAAAUUUUAUUCCAUGUAUUUACAUUGCCUCUCCCUUCUCAAUAUCCAAUUUUCCAUUGUAAAGACCCAAAUAUUCAGAAUUGAAUGCUCGCUGCUAUAUCCAUAUUAUUCAUGCACGUACUUAUCUUGGAGCUAAAGGGGCAACUGAAGUGAUGGCUUCAUUAAUCAAUUAUAUUGUUUCUGUGUCAAGCAACAUUCUUUUUUUCAUGAAUUUUAACUGGGACACCCUGACAAGACAAAAGUGAAUGUGAAGAGUUGUCAGGAGGCCCAAGUAUGUUGGCAAUUGAUAGUCAGUUGUAGCCAUCAAGAGCAGCCACUUCAAAUCUCAGAGAUGCUCCAUUUUUAAUGCAGUGAAUUGCAAGCUUUAGAAUGAACGAGCACUGACUAACGAGCCGUUUAAUCACUCAAUAUAGAAGUAAGAGGCAGACAACUCCCAGUAUGAACUACGAAAGGCAGCAAGAGCAAUGCAGGUCAAAUGGUCAAUCCGUCAUUCUUUAUUCAUUUCACUCUAUUUAUGCCUUUCAAUUUCUCAUUCAUGGAGCUCAUUUAUGCUUUCCUAGAUUAUUUCUUGAAAAUUUGAUUUUCGGAGCUCUAAUGUGAUCCAUGCAGACCAGGAGUGUGCGAGAAGGUAAUUCCUCAUUCAAUUUCAGAUCUUUCUGUUUUUUUCGAUCUGAUUACUCUUAUUACAUGUAUGGUGUAUUCUUCCAAAUUGUUUACAUUUUAGCUAACAAUAUGCCUAUUUACACUUAGUUUGGGCCUGCCAAUAAAAAAUGCAAUUAAAUAGAGUAAAAGUUUACUCUAUUAGAGCAUUUAAGAACUUUUUUCUGAAAACAAAACUUUAUUUACCCUAAAUAAAUUAAGUGGUUUAUUUGAUUAUAUCAUAACAUGUUCUAUUUACUCUAUUGUUAUCUUCAUAACAGUAUGCCUAUUUACAUUUUACCUAACAAUAUGCUCCCUGUUUUAGCACCUAUUAGGCAUAUUUUUUAAAUGUCUUUUUCCUCUGCUUUAGGGGUUGGCUGUUGGCAUGAGGGUUCUGCCCCGUCCCCCUUCUUAACUUGCACUCUUCAUUUAUGAGUAAAAUAUGAUAGCAUGGGUCUGGCCCUCUCACAUAUGUGGGUGCCUUUUUUCUGGAAUAGAAACAAUGAGUACCACGAUGAUAUUAAUAUUAUUAUUAUUCCUAAUUAAGUAAUUAGCAACUUAGAUGAAAUAUAUGACUCUGAUUAUAAGUUUAGAAUUCAUCUUAACUUCUAUUCUCAUAAGAAUUUAAAAAUGACAAAACUCCUCAGCCUCUCAUAAGUUUACUUGUGAAACUGCCUCUCAAAACUUACAAAAAUGCAGCUCUUUCUUGAGACCAUGAACCUGAUUACCUGACAGUAAAGGGAAAGGGGGGUAAGAAUUCAUCACCCGUGCAGCCCAGAUUUAUUGGCAGCCAUACGUGAAGAAGAUGAGUGAGUUGAAGUCAUAGAACUACUAUUAUCAUUUAUCUUCUUUGGCAUGUUAGCAAAUAAAUCCAAGUCUGAAGUCGAUUCUUUAAAAGAAACCUGCAUUUUUGUGCUACAGCAUUGGAAUUGAAAAGGUGAUGAACUAUGAGAUUUCUGAUUAUUCACUUAUAUGUGUGACUUUUGUGUUUAUCAUUGCAAAAAGACCGAUUUAAUCAAUAUUUUCUUCCAGGUUGAACAUCAUGAAAUCAUUAAGUUCCAUGGUUCAUCAUCUCAUGACCACCUUUAGGACCUUGAGAUUCCCUUAAUAUCUGGUAGCCAAUACUAGCCAUAGGUGCACUUAUGAAGUCCAGGGAAAAAAUGAGAGUGGUGUUUGGUUUGUUCCAGUUCAGAUAUUUCACGUACUUUAUUAUAAUAAUCAUCAUCUCUAUAUACUUAAAGGCAGGGUCUGCUUAAUGCCAGGGUCUGCUUCUUAAAUUCACUCCUAAAAAAUAAUCACUUCUAUUCCGUCUAUCGCCGCUUGAGCAAGAUAUUUUUCUCUUCUGUUUUCUUCUUCUUCUGGCCGGACAACUUCUCCGUAUCUGCAAAACUAGUCGCCCCUAUUUCUCUUCCACCUAAUGCUACGCUCCUAUUUAUCUGCCUUCUCUUCUCUUCUUCAGCCGGACGCACACUCCAAUUCCAAGUGCCACCAGAAACACCUGUGAUUUCUAUAGAAGAUUUCUUCUUCUUCUUCUUCCGGAUUCCACACUCCACAUUCAAAUCGGCUAUUGUUGCUGCAAUUGAAGAGAUCAACAAGCUUCGUCUGCCUCUCUCAGCCGCAAUGGAAGAGCAAAUUGCCCUCGCCGUUCGAAGCCAUCAGUGCCUCACACCUCAGGCCUUGGUAUAGCUCCCACCAAGAGCAAUCGGUCCUCUUCUUUGCGCUAAGCUUUUCCAUUUGAUUUGGGGCAAUUUUGAAGAACUAUGAUAUGAAGCAGAAUCUGGGCAGCAGAAGCCCCCGUGGGUUUACUGAAGGCGGGGUGGGCUUGAUCCCACCUUCCUGGGCUGGUUGCAGGCUGUUUAAUUAAUAUUUAUUCUUUUUAAUUUUCCUGAUUUGUUUCCUAUUUGGAGUUAAUUAGGAUUUCUAAUAUUUGUUUCCUAUUAGGAGUUAAUUAGGAUUUCUAUUAUUUGUUUUCCAUCUGAAGUUGAUUAGGAUCUCUAUUCUUCUGUUUCCUAGUUGGAAUUGAUUAGGAUUUCUAAGAUUUUGUUUCCCAGUUUGAGAAUUAGUAAAUGGGUAUUUAAACCCCUUGUUAGGAUUCAUUCUUGCUCAUCUUGGAAUAAAAUUGGUUUUAGCCUUUUGGCUAGUCUGUUCACAACAAACUAGCAUUCUUUUUCGGGUUUAGAUUAGAUGGAAACGUCAGCCAAAUCCAUCUUUUGGCAGUGGAUAAGAGAUUUUUCUGUUGGGAUUGGGGAGGACAUGGCUGAGAGUUUUCUUCUUCCAUUAUAUCAAGAAAAUAUUACCUGAGUCUCUUGUUCUUAAAGUUAAGUUUUCUCAUCCAUUCAAAUUGACCAUCUUUUAGAUGAGGUGUUUUCUGAUCAAAUAACGUAUCUAGCGCUAAUUCUUCAAAUACUAUCGUAUAAAUAGUGAUGUUCUGAUCAAAUUUUACAGUAAGCACGCAUUUAAAUUUCGUGAGUAACCAGUAACACAUAGCUUUUUUUUUAUGUGUGUGCAUAAAGUCAAAUUUCAUCUGAUUCAAUAGUAGCACAUCACUCUUUUUUAUACUACGUAUAUGAUAUGAAGCGGGAAGAGCAUGGGGCGGGACCGGGCUUGGGCCCACUUCCGUGGGCCGGUUAUGGGCUGGAUUAUCCGUGGGCUGAGUUUUUAAUUUAAUUAGCUUCAAUUAUAUUAGUUCUUUUAUUAUUGCUAUUUAUUUUAUUAGAUUUUCCUUAGGCUUUGUACGUAAGUAAUUUCCCUCCCAUUAGACUUUGUGUGCAGUUCUUUUAGUCUUUGUUUUUCACUAGGAUAGGCUACAUACAUUUAAUUAGCUUAUUUAGUUUCCUACUGCCCUACUGGAACGUGGAGAUAUGCAGUAUUAUUUAUACCCCACGGAGGGCUAUUCAAUAGAGGAGGAAAAAAAAAAAUCAGAUUUGGUUAAGCUAAAGUAGCUUGGGCAACGGAUUCUUCCGUUGAUUAUUCUGGGCAACGGUUCACCCCGUUGAUUGUUAUUUUUCUGUUCUUAUCAAUUGGUCCGACCUGCCGGAUCCCGUCCCGCCAAGAUGACGAGAUCUCAGAAUGAUCGAUUGACAGAGCUGGAGAACGAACAAACUCGUAUGAGAGAAGUGACCCGGAUAAGGGCCGAACAGGCAGAGCAUGGUGGCAAGCUGUCAGAGAUCAUCGCCUCACUAGCGGUGUUGACCCGGGCGAUGGUCCCGCCGGUCACACCGAAGAAAGCCGCGGAUGACGUGGGUCGAAUCCCGGCAACCGAGCUGCAUGGAGAAGGCGUGCUGAGCAAUCCAACUAUAACGCUGCUUCCGUCGUUCGAUGGGGGAGACCCAAUUGGGUGGAUCGCUCGGGUAGAGCAACAGUUCGAAUUACACAACACUUUACCGGAAAAGAAGGUGGCUGCCGCGAUGGUAGCUAUGGAAGGUGGAGCGCUCUACUGGGUAACCUGGCUGAGAUCACGCAAACCCGGUAUAAGCUGGGAAGAUUUCAAACAAGCCCUGGUGGCCAGAUUUGAUUCCCAACAUCAGGGAAACAGGUUUGAACGACUAUCCGGAGUCAAGCAAACUGAAUUUGUGGAGGAUUGCAAUAUUCUUUUUGUUCAGUUAGCAAGCCAAGUUCCGGGAUUAACUGACGAUCAUUACUUGGGCUAUUACAUGAGUGGGCUUAAGGAAACAAUCCGAAGCUCGCUGCGACUACUUCGGCCAAACAACCUGGAGAUGGCUAUGGAAUUAGCUCGCGAGGUGGAGCAUAAUCUGUCCGUCCAAAGAGGAGAAAAAGGCAGUCUAAAUUAUCAUUCUUCAGGGGUACGUUCUAGCAGCCUUUCAAUGGCACACACAAGUUCCCCGUUGACGGCCAUUGGUGGCAGCUUACAGGGUUCGGAGGGCAGCUUUGCGAAAGAUAGUGGACAGCCUCCGGGGACGAAGUCAGGGCUGCCCGGGCAGCCUACGACACGCUCUCAGUUCACUCGACUUGCACCAAAAGAGUUUGCAGAAUUGCGGGUGAAAGGAUUAUGCUUUAGGUGCGAUUGUCCCUUUAAGCAGCUGGGAGUAAUGAUAGCCGAGGAGGAUGAAGAGUUGGACCUCAAGCAGCACGAAUUCUGUGAAAUAACCGGCCAGGAAAGGGUUCAGGAAAGAGAAGAAGGAUAUUUUUCAGGAAAGAGAAGAAGGAUAUUUUUCAGUCUAUCUAUGACUGGAAAUUUCAGUUCCCGAUCCGCGAGUUUUCAACCUUGAGGACAAAGUUAAUUUGAAGGAGGAUGGAUUGAUAUGAAGCGGGAAGAGCAUGGGGCGGGACCGGGCUUGGGCCCACUUCCGUGGGCCGGUUAUGGGCUGGAUUAUCCGUGGGCUGAGUUUUUAAUUUAAUUAGCUUCAAUUAUAUUAGUUCUUUUAUUAUUGCUAUUUAUUUUAUUAGAUUUUCCUUAGGCUUUGUACGUAAGUAAUUUCCCUCCCAUUAGACUUUGUGUGCAGGUCUAAUUCCCAUUGGGAUAAGCUACGUACAAUUAUUUCUUUCCCCUUAGUCUUUGUUUUCCACUAGGAUAGGCUACAUACAUUUAAUUAGCUUAUUUAGUUUCCUACUGCCCUACUGGAACGUGGAGAUAUGCAGUAUUAUUUAUACCCCACGGAGGGCUAUUCAAUAGAGGAGGAAAAAAAAAAUUCAGAUUUGGUUAAGCUAAAGUAGCUUGGGCAACGGAUUCUUCCGUUGAUUAUUCUGGGCAACGGUUCACCCCGUUGAUUGUUAUUUUUCUGUUCUUAUCAGUAUAUCUUAUAUGGGAUGCAUUUUUUGUGAGAACAAAUAACAACUUUUUAUGAGUAGAAAAAAGGUAUUUCCAUUAGAAAUCUCCAGCUCUUUAAUUUUAUUUGGUGAUAUGGUUCAUUCAAUUCGAUUUGGUGAUACUAUAACUUAAUUUGAACUAAUAAUAUUGUUGUGCGGAAUUGGUUUUUUGGGUUGGAAAGACCUUUAUUAAAAAAGUUCUACAUUGAUGAAGAUUUUUAGGUAAAGUCGGACAACACAGUGUUCUAAAUUAGGAAUUUUCUAAUCUACUGCCUUGAAGAUACACUACAUGCUGGAGCAUGAAUUUUGAAUAACUAAUUGAGCAUUUUGCUUGAGAUAUAUUUUCACAAUGAAUAUAUAAGUUCUUGAAAGAACUGCUCUAAAGAACAUAGAUUAACUCGUUCUAAUGUUUAACAUCUUCUCAUAGUCAAAUGAAGCGUGUUUUCCAUAUAUACUUAUAUAUGCAGUAUUCUUUGUAUGUACACCAGUGGAGUUAAAUUAGAAGGAAGAUUAUGUCAAAUUUUCAGAAUCUUUAAUCUCCCAAUUCGUUGCAUCAGUAAGAGAAAGUACUGCAACUCUUUCCCUGAAUCCUCGGCUAACAUAAUAAGCAUGGACAAAGAAAUCUCUGCAGCAUCACAUUGGCCUCUGGUCACCUUAAGUCGGCAGCAAAUUUUAAUUGACCAGGGUUUCUUGCUUUUUUUAAUUAACAAUACUACGUAGUUUUGGGGUCGGUACACAUGUGUAUGGUGUACCGAUCCCACGGUAUAAUUUGCGUGUGUUAAUGUGUAUAACGAUUUUUUUUAAUAAAUUGAUUCUUAGUUUGCCAAAAACAAAUGAUUCUUAGUUCUUAACUUCUUACACAUACGUGCUUUCAGUGUUCC